AUGUCUACCAACGCGUUCGAGGCGCAAGGUAUCCGAGUUGCAAUUGAAGGAUGCGGUCAUGGCACGCUAGAUGCCAUCUACGCUUCUGUUGAAGAAUCUUGUAAGAAACGUGGUUGGGAUGGUGUUGAUAUUCUCAUCAUCGGUGGUGACUUCCAGUCUGUCCGCAAUGCUGAAGAUCUGAGCAUCAUGUCAUGCCCUGUCAAGUACCGCCAUCUAGGAGACUUUCCCAAGUACUACUCGGGUGAGAGAAAGGCGCCUUAUCUAACAAUAUUCAUUGCUGGAAACCACGAGGCCAGUUCUCACCUGUGGGAGCUCUACUACGGAGGUUGGGUGGCGCCCAACAUUUACUACAUGGGUGCUGCCAACAUUCUACGUUUCGGUCCACUACGUAUCGCCGGGCUGUCUGGUAUAUGGAAAGGCUUUGACUACCGCAAACCACACCACGAAAGACUCCCCUUCAGCGGCGAUGAUGUAAAGUCGUGGUACCACGUCAGAGAAAUCGACGUCCGCAAGCUACUUCAAGUACAGACACAGGUGGAUGUCGGCCUCAGUCACGAUUGGCCACGUGCAAUCGAAUCAAAUGGCGAUCAUGAAUGGCUUUUCAGAAAAAAGCCUGCUUUCAGAAACGAAUCUCGAGAUGGUACACUAGGUAGCGUAGCGGCCGAGUAUGUCAUGGACCGCCUACGACCUCCCCAUUGGUUUUCGGCCCAUAUGCACAUCAAGUUUGCUGCGAUCAAGACAUAUAGUGACGCCCAUCCUGAAUUGGAAGAGAGCAAGCAAGAGCACAUUCCUGUGACCGCUCCGGCACCAGCUACAGAGAACAAUCCUGAUGAGAUUGAUUUGGAUAUGGAUGACGAUGAGGAGGACACAAAACCUAACCCAGUACCAGAAGCCAAUAAGAGCGAGCCUGAAGUUAAGGAGGCGGCAGAAGCAUCAAAUGAAGUGCCGGAUGAACUGAGGGCGCAACUCCCGGCAUCUUUCGCUCGCCCUCAGCCCAAGAAAACGCCUGGUCAGCCAGUACCACCCGGUAUCACGAACAAGGAGGUCCGUUUCCUUGCUCUCGACAAAUGUCUACCAGGACGACACUUCCUGCAGCUCUGUGACCUCCAACCCUUUAACCUCGAGACAAGCUCCGAAUACCCUCCAGCUCCAGAGUCACCACGAUGGCGAUUACAAUAUGAUCCAGAGUGGCUCGCAAUUACGCGUGUCUUCCAUGAUUCUUUAGUCAUUGGUGACCGUAAUGCGCAGACGCCACCUGACUUGGGUGAGGAUCAUUACCAGCCCCUCAUCCAAAAGGAGAGAGAAUGGGUUGAUGACAAUAUUGUGAAGGCUGGAAAACUGGAUGUUCCAUACAACUUCGAAAUUACUGCGCCGCCUCAUGUUCCUGGUGGUCCUGAGAUUGUCAAUACGCAGCCAUCAGAAUACACAAACCCCCAAACUACAACAUUCUGCGAAAUCAUGGGACUGUCAAAUAUCUGGGAUGCUACGGAGCAAGAAAGACGUCAACGAAAAGCACAGGGGCCACCCAAAACGGACCAACGCUUCACUGGUGGUGGAAGAGGAGGUCAUGGCAGAGGAAGAGGCGGCGGAAGGGGACGGGGUAGAGGCCGUGGAGGUCGUGGAGGUCGCUGGUAA